CUAGCUCGAUUUUGUUGCCGGAAAUUCUCUUUCUAGUCAAGUGAUAUGGCGCAAAGAAAAUCUUUGGAGAGCAGUGCAUUAGUAAAGUUAAAUAUUGGUGGAACUAUUUUUAAAUGUUACGCGGAAACAUUGAAGACUUUUCCAGACUCUAAAUUGGCACGUCUAAACGAUAAUAAAAAAGGCGCGUUUGAUUUCAAAGAGGAAGAAUACUUUUUCGAUCGAGAUCCGAAUCUUUUUUCAUACAUUCUCGAUUCGUACCGUAAAGGCGCAAUUCACUUACCAAAGGAGAUCUGCGGUACUACUUUCAAAGCGGAACUGGAAUUUUGGGAUGUUUCUCCGCGUCACGUUGCUUCGUGUUGCUGGGAGGCUUUAUAUAGGAGUGAGGAUGAUAAACAAACUAUGGACACCCUUAUUCAGAGGAUACAACAGAACCCGAACAUGCUUCUUAUGCAAGAAGAGAAGUUGACAUUGAGGGCAAAACUUUGGCUGUUCUUUGAUGAACCAGGAUCAUCGAAACUUGCAUUGGUGUGGAGUAUAUUUAUAUCAUGUGUGAUAAUCACAUCGAUUCUCGUCGAUUUCGUAUCUACAAUCGAGAUGUUCCGAGAGCAUGUAUCCGAUUCUCAGUCAAGACUUUUUUCAAAGUUUGCUGAUACGGUGCAUAUGAAGAACAUCACCCUUGACAGAAUACUCAACAUGAAGCCCUGUAAUGAACUGCUAAUAACAAACGUGGUUUUACAUGUGAUUCUGACGUCAGAGCUUGUCGUGAGUUUCAUAAUCUGUGAAGACAAAACAGUGUUCAAGAGUUGUGUGUUUCGGCAUAUUGCUUUCUUUGGCUACCUAUUCUAUUGGAUUUCGUUAAGUAUCAGUUUAAAUCUUGUAGAUUUGGAUUCCAUGUACGCCGUUAUAGCAUGUUUCAUUUUCAAUUAUUUGUCAAUAUUCCGAUAUGCUCGUCUGUUUUAUCUAACAAGAAGCGUUCCGGUUUUCCGUAUCUUACGUUUAACUUUCGAGGCAUCUAAGCAGGAACUAAAAAUGCUUGUAUUUCUAUUGGCAAUGCUUGUGUGCGUAUUUGGAUAUGUCAUGUUUGCUGCUGAAUUUACACAAAAUGCAACAAUUACAAACGCCUUUGUGACAGUUUAUUGGGCAUUGAUAACUAUGACAACAGUUGGAUACGGCGAUUAUGUUCCUGUAACUGCUGCGGGUCACGUGAUUGCUGGAGCAUGCGCAGUGUGUGGUGUAAUAGUCCUUGCAUUACCGGUUGGGAUAAUUGUUUCCAAGUUUUAUAAGUACUAUGCAUUCUACGAACUUACCAUGAAACGGCCAAAAACAAUUAUUGAUAGCCUUAUCACGGCAAAAGACGGUGGAUCGAAAGAUUAAAGGUCCUUAUGCCUUAGAUAUGGUUUCAUUUUUAUUUUUCAAAAACUUUUCUUUUUCAAACAAUUUCCAAAACGCUAAUCAUUUGCCAGAUAGAAGAACUUUGCUAUAUUAGCAAUUGAUAUAAUUGAUAUAAUUAUAUAGUGGAAUGUUAUUUUGUAUGCAAGUCAAAAUACUUCUUUGUUUUCAUUUUGCUACCUUUAUGACACAUUACUGCAUGUUAAGCGCUAUUUCCGUCAAUUGUUAAACAUCUAACAUGCUCUGAAUCCAUUAUUAAAACACAUAUGCUUGACAUUAUUAAAUACAUAAAUAAGUAAGUAAAUAAAUAAAUAAAUAAAUAAAUAAAUAAAUAAAUAAUAUGGAUUUCUGAGGCAUAACGUGCCUUCAAGACAAAUUAUGUUGAUUCUAUUGUUUGAUACAAAAUAUAUGUAUAUUUACGUAAAACGAAUCGUCAGCAAGAGAUAUAAAUAAGAUAAUAAAGACAGGUGUAUUUUUUAUUUUUAUUUUCUAUCUUUUGUACAAUUAAUGUGUUAAUGUAACACAAAUGCUUGAUGUUAAUUAAAGUGUAGCGGAACAUGGUCUGUAAAAUAGUUUUUUCCUUUUUAUGUUAUUGUCAAAAUAAUUUUAGUUUCCAGUAAAUUUUAUUUACAAAACAAAACAAACAAAAAAUGUGUACAUUGUAUAAUAUUGUCUUGCAUUUCAGCAUCAUCCAUUGUUAAGUAAGGAUUGUAAGAAUUGCAUGUUAGAAAAAUGUUAUGCUAAUUAUUUUAUGCAAUUAAAUGCUUUAAGUAACAAGAAUUCUAGUUCAAAGGUGCAUAUUCUGUUCUGUAAAAUGUUUUUUCUCGG